AUGUACAUACAAUUGUACAUCGGUGAAUUUAAAAUAAAAAGUCUGUCUUCUUCCUUUUUGAUCCACUUGAGAAGCUUGCUAACAGCGUUAAUAGCAUCUGGUUUGGUGACAAGAGUGGACGGGUGGGCGAGUGAAGGCGAUGGUGGAGACACUGGUAGAGUCCUAGAAGCCUUUCGACUUCCUGGUCGGUGCAAUAAGGCGACUGGAACCCGGGGCUCCAGAACUGAGCGGUGCUCCUGCACUUGUAGAGGACGUGACGCAUCUCCGGGAGCCCGAUCUCGGCAGUGGUCACUGAGACGCGGCAGUUGGUGCGCCUCAGCUUCUCGACAAUCUUCUGCUUGGCCUCCGAGAGAGUCGCGAAGACGUCUCGGUCCGCGGUCAGAAGCAGCAAGCAAGCUUGGCAGUCUUCUGCUAGCACUUGACAGCCCCGAGGAAGAAAGCUGGCUCUCGGUCCAUAAAAUUCAGCAAAUGGUCAAUGAGCCUCUCGCUGCCAGUCAGCAGUCUCCUGAGAUCAAAGUUCCGUCUCUGCUCAUAGACCCUCGUCAAGUGCGACUGAGUCAGCACGAACAAGAUCUGGUUGUACACAUACCUGAAGAAUAA